GGAAGAUAUAUUGACUCAGGGGGCCACCAUCUUCUCUCUCUAACACAUGUUUCUGUCUUCUUACUCUAAAAUAACCUCUAUCCCCACACCCUACUAUUUCUCUCCACCUCUCCUCUCCCUCUCCUACCCUAUUUCUGUCUUCUUCUUCUCUCUCUCUACCCACUUCUUUACCUUUCCUUUUACGUCAAAUUCUUCAUCUAAAUCUCCGGCGAGUGACGUCUAACUCCUGCGCCCAUGGCGAAACUAGUAGUAGAAGUUCUCGACGCCAGCGAUCUCAUGCCCAAAGAUGGACAAGGCACGGCCAGUCCAUUUGUAGAAGUAGACUUGGAUGACCAGAAACAGAGAACGCAGACCAAGUCCAAAGAUCUCAACCCACAGUGGAAUGAGAAGAUGGUGUUCAGUGUCAACAACCCAAGAGAUCUUCCACACAAGACCAUCGGCGUGACGGUGUACAGUGACCGGAAAGAUGGCCCAAAGCACUUCCUCGGCCGUGUCAAGAUCUCCGGCGUCGCGGUUCCGACCUCCGAGUCCGAAGCCGCCGUCCAACGCUUCCCGCUUGAGAAACGUGGCUUGUUUUCUCAUAUCAAGGGUGACAUAGCACUCAAGAUAUAUGCAGCAAUCAACGGCAAUCAGUUCUACCAGACUGAGCCACAGCAGGUGAAUAACUUGGAAAGUAAGGAAGCUCCGACAUUUUUUGAAGAAAUGAUCAAUAAAACCAGCAAUAAAGUUGUUGACGAAGAUUUGUUGCACAAGACUACUAGUGACUUCACGAAGAAGAAAAAGAAGGAAAAAGAUCAGGUGAGGACUUUUUACUCGGUUGGGACUGGUAGUGGUGGCGGCGGCCCAGCUGCUGCUCCACAACCACCACCACCUGCGAGUGGUUUUUCGCCCCUUUCCGGGGCGAAGCCGGUGUCGGUGGAGGCGGUGAGAAGCGAUUUUGCCCGGGCCGGGCCUGGCCCGGGUGCCACUAUAAUGCAGAUGCAGCAGUUUCCAGGGCAGAGGCCUGAUUUUGGGUUGGUGGAAACUAGGCCGCCGUUGGCGGCGCGUAUGGGCCGCCGGGGAGGAGACAAGACGUGGACCACUUAUGACUUGGUGGAGCAAAUGCACUUCAUGUAUGUGAGCGUUGUGAAGGCCAAAGACUUACCAGUGAUGGACAUCACAGGAAGUUUGGACCCAUAUGUGGAAGUGAAACUUGGGAAUUACAAAGGGGUCACAAAGCACUUGGAGAAGAACCAAAACCCUGUAUGGAACAGAGUUUUCGCCUUCCCAAAGGAGAGGUUGCAGGCGAAUUUGAUCGAAGUUGUAGUGAAGGACAAAGACAUCGGCAAGGAUGAUUUUGUGGGGAGGGUUACUUUUGAUGUCUUGGAGGUGCCUCUUCGCGUGCCACCGGAUAGUCCCUUGGCUCCUCAGUGGUACAGAUUGGAGGACAAAAGGGGGAUAAAGGAUAAUAAUGGAGAGAUUAUGCUGGCAGUUUGGAUGGGGACACAGGCCGACGAGGCCUUCCCGGAGGCAUGGCAUGCUGAUGCACACUCCAUUAGCCAACAAAGCCUCGACAAUACUCGUUCCAAAGUUUAUUUCUCACCUAAGUUGUAUUACCUCCGAGUCCACCUUCUUGAAGCACAGGACCUUGUCAUCUCUGAUAAAACCCGAGCCCCGGAAACAUAUGUAAGAGUGCAGCUUGGGCAUCAGAUCAGGAACACUAAGACUUCCCAAUUGCGGCAUAUUAAUCCGGUGUGGGAUGAGGAGCUCAUGUUUGUAGUGUCUGAGCCUUUUGAUGAGUUCAUAAUCAUCUCUGUUGAGGACAGGAUUGGGCCGGGCAAGGAUGAAGUCAUAGGAAGGCUGAUCAUGUCGGUUAGAGACAUACCGCAGAGGGUGGACUCUACUAAACACCCUGAGGCUCACUGGUUCAACCUCCACAAGCCGUCCUCGGGGGAAGAAGAAGGUGACAAGAAGAAAGAAGUGAAAUUUUCGAGCAAAAUUCACCUUCGCCUCGUUUUGGAAUCCGGGUACCAUGUUCUUGACGAGUCUACACAUUUUAGCAGCAAUCUGCAGCCAUCAUCGAAGCAUUUGAGAAAGCCCAGCAUUGGAAUUCUUGAACUUGGCAUCUUGAGUGCCAAAAAUCUGCUGCCAAUGAAGGGAACCACAGAUGCUUACUGUGUAGCCAAGUAUGGGAACAAAUGGAUUCGAACCAGAACACUUAUUAACACCCUGGCCCCUCGUUGGCACGAGCAGUACACAUGGGAAGUUUAUGAUUCGAGCACGGUGAUCACCAUUGGCGUGUUUGACAAUUGCCACAUCAAUGGAAGCAAAGAAGAUGCCAGAGAUCAGAGAAUUGGGAAGGUGAGAAUUAGGCUCUCCACUUUAGAAACUGAUCGAAUUUACUGCCAUUACUAUCCGUUGCUGGUUCUACAACCCUCUGGUUUAAAGAAACAUGGGGAGCUUCAAUUGUCAUUGAGGUUCACCUGCACGGCUUGGGUUAACAUGGUGGCACAAUAUGGUAAGCCUUUGCUUCCAAAAAUGCACUAUGUCCAACCCAUAUCGGUUCGCCACAUUGAUCUGCUUCGCCACCAGGCAAUGCAGAUAGUGGCAGCACGCCUGGCCAGAGCAGAACCACCGCUUAGGAGGGAGAUCGUUGAGUACAUGCUGGAUGUGGAUUACCACAUGUGGAGCCUAAGGCGAAGCAGAGCCAAUUUCUAUCGCAUAAUGUCUCUUCUUUCUGGAAUUUCGGCUGUCUGUAAAUGGUUCGGUGACAUCUGCAUCUGGAGAAACCCACUGACAACAAUUCUUGUGCAUGUCUUGUUCUUGAUACUGGUUUGCUACCCGGAAUUGAUCCUGCCCACCAUUUUCAUCUACAUGUUUGCGAUUGGAUUAUGGAAUUACCGAUUCAGGCCUAGGCAUCCGCCUCACAUGGAUGCGCGACUUUCACAAGCAGAGAGUGUCCACCCAGAUGAGCUGAUUGAGGAAUUUGACACAUUCCCAUCUUCCCAGCCAACAGACAUUGUGAGGAUGAGGUAUGACAGGCUGCGAACCGUGGCAGGCAAAGUGCAGACAGUGGUUGGAGAUUUAGCAACACAAGGGGAGAGAGCUCUGUCCAUACUGAGCUGGAGGGAUCCAAGAGCCACUGCAAUCGUCAUUAUCUUUGCAUUGAUCUGGGCUGUACUCCUCUAUGUUACUCCAUUCCAAGUUAUUGCAGUGCUUUCUGGGCUCUACUUGCUGCGGCAUCCAAGGUUCAGGAGCAGGAUGCCAUCUGUACCUGUCAAUUUCUUCAAGAGAUUGCCAGGCAAGUCAGAUAUGCUUCUAUGACAUGGAGAACACAAACCCACCCAUUUACUCAUCUUGUGUAAAUCAUAAAAAUGGUUCAGUAAAUAAAUCCAGUAAAGUCAUAGCAGCAGAUCAAGGGCAGAAAAGGAAAAGCAAUAAUGUGCCCAUUUUACCUUGCCUUGCUGCCCCAAACAACAGAAGAAUCUCACUUCUGCACAUGCAAGUACUGUAUUCUUCAAUCCCAUGUACUAGACCAACCAUUCUUUUUGGCAAUUGUUCAAGAUUUUGAUGAAUGAGCUAAAAAGUGUAUUAGUGUA